GGCAGCAGCCGCCCCGGCUCCGCUCCCUUUGUUGCAGGCGGAGCUGCCGGGCGCCGCGCACAAAGGAGCGAGGCGGCUCCACCGGCGGCCGAACGGAGGCUUGCGAGGUGGGAGACACUCGGGACCAGCCCUGCCGAGGAGGAGGAGGAAGAGGAGGAGGCGGCGUGUCUGUGCGGCGGGGAUGCUGGAGGUGCGCUCCGGCGCGGCGGAGAAAGGACGGUCCCGCCCGGGCGGCUCCGGUUGAUGCUGCGGGCCUGCCGCCGCCCCGCCGCCUCCUCCUCGGCUGCCCCUCGGCUGCCCCUCGCCAUGCUGGGAGAGAGCCCCGUGCUGCGAGCGGGACCCCCCCUGGCUCUGUGCUGCACCUCGGCCCUGCUGCUGCUCGCCCUCUGCGCGCCGCCCGCCGCCCGCGCCUCCCACCCGCUGCCCGAGUGCCAGGGCGGCGCCAAGGGGAGAGGCACCAACUGCUCAGAGUUAAACGUAAGGGAAUCCGACGUAAGAGUGUGUGAUGAAUCAUCAUGUAAAUAUGGAGUGUGCAAGAAAGAGGGCGAUGGCUUGAAAUGUACGUGUCAGUUCCAGUGUCAGACAGACUAUAUUCCUGUUUGUGGAUCAAAUGGAGACACUUACCAAAAUGAAUGCUUUCUCAAGAGAGCUGCUUGCAAACAUCAGAAAGAGAUAACAGUGGUAUCAAGAGGACCUUGUUAUUCUGAUAAUGGCUCUGGGUCAGGAGAGGGAGAGUAUGAAGGAUCUGGGACAGAAGUUCAGAGAAAACACUCAAAAUGUGGAGUUUGCAAAUAUAGGGCUGAGUGUGAUGAAGAUGCAGAAAAUGUUGGGUGUGUAUGUAAUAUAGACUGCAGUGGAUACAGUUUUAAUCCUGUAUGUGCUUCUGAUGGAAGUUCUUAUAACAAUCCAUGCUUUGUUAGAGAAGCAUCAUGUCUGAGGCAAGAGCAGAUUGACAUCAGGCAUCUUGGACACUGCUCAGAAACAGAUGACACAAACCGAGCUGGAAAGAAGGACGACGGCAUGCAGUAUCGGCCAGAUGUGAAAGACGCCAGUGAUCAAAGAGAAGACAUUUACAUUGGAAACCACAUACCUUGUUCAGAAAGCUUCAAUGGCUACUGUAUACAUGGAAAAUGUGAAUUCAUUUAUUCCACUCAGAAGGCUUCCUGUCGGUGUGAAUCAGGAUAUACUGGACAGCACUGUGAAAAGACAGACUUUAGUAUUCUUUAUGUUGUCCCAAGUAGACAAAAGCUUACGCAUGUCCUUAUUGCAGCAAUAAUUGGAGCUGUACAAAUUGCCAUUAUAGUUGCAAUUGUCAUGUGCAUAACAAGAAAAUGCCCCAAAAACAAUAGAGGACGUCGGCAGAAGCAAAACUUAGGCCAUUUUACUUCAGAUACAUCAUCCAGAAUGGUUUAACUUAGUGAUUUUUAUACCUACAUUGACCAUGUGAUGUACAUUUUUAUUAUAUCUUUUUUUAAAGAAUGGAAAUAUUUAUUUCAGAGGCCUUAUUUUUGAACAUUUUUAGUGUAACAAUGUUGGUCUGUAUUCUGAAAGCAUCAGCUCUAACAGCUAUGGACUGUUUUAGUAACUUUACUUUUAUGUUUUUUGAAUACAGUAGUUAAUUUUCUGUAUCUGUAUCACAUGGUUAUAUAAUAGACUUGUGCUUUUAUUCAUGGAAUGUAAUAUUUUUGGGAACACAGGUUUAUUUACCAAUGGUUGUAGAUCUAAAAAAAACCCCAACAAACCAACAAAAAAGCCCACAUUACCUAGCAAACAAGGCAUGAACUAAAGGUAAAAAUGUUUACAGCUUACUUUUCUUAUGAGAAACUAGAAAACACUGUGUUUAAAUACGGUAGAUAUUUAAAUGUUUUCAGAAGUUAGUAACUGUUUUUUUAGACACUGCCUAUCGCAUGAACUGUGAAGCUGUGUGCUGUGCGUAGUUGUAACAUAUUUAUAAAAUGUGUGGGUUGGGCUAAGCACUGCCAUCUUCAUAAAUAACUCCAACAGUUUAUUUUUAAAGAGAAAAGUUAUAAAUUUCAUAAUUUGGGAUGUUACCUGGGAAAGCAGAUGGCACAGGUCCAAAAGAAGUAGGUCUUAGUAGAUUUAGGUAUUGUAAAAAAUCGGUGUUGAAUAAUUGAACGCAAAUAAUUGGAAUAAAGCCUACUUUAUCACUGUUAAAGCUGUUUUAAUACUUCUUAAACUUUUUUAAAGGAAAUACAUGUUUUAACACCUACAAUACAGAUUGUAUAGUGUUUGUGAUUAAAAUAAAAACAAAUAAUAAAAGUGAAUUAAUUACUA